CAGAAGCAGCUGAAGAAAAAGGAGGAGCACGAGGGAAAAGGAAAAGAAGAAGAAGAUGGGAGUGAUAAUUUCGCUGCCGAUAGGCAUCGCGAGGACGGUGGUGGGAGCACUUCAGAAAUUCGUGCUGAGGCAAAACAAGCCGCUGCGGAUCGACAUUCCGCUGCCCUUCAUACCAAUCGACGUGGUGCUGGUGACGGAUGCGGCGCAGAUCAUGACCCUCACGAACCACCCGGAUGUGGAUCACUUGCACGCGCUGCCGACGGACAAGCUCCCGUUCUGGAGCACAUGGUUCUUCUCCGGCACACGAUUCCACAACAAGAGCCAUGACAAGUGGUUCCUGGCAUUCGAGCCGCAGAGCGAGGCCGCGCAGUACAGCGAGAGGAGGAAGGUAUUCGAGGACAAGCUGAGCUCGGGGUUCGCAGGCGAGGAUGUCAAAUCUCUGGCCGACCAGAUCGCGAGCGGAGCCUCGGAGGAGCAGGUCGCUGUGUCAUUGGCCCAGAUCGUCGAUGCCCGGUUCAUGAAGUCGGAGCUGAACUCGAUCCCUGUGGAGGUCGUGCGAGAGACUCGGCAUGUGCUGCCGACGAACCUCGUCGCCGCUCUCGUGCCGGGGAAUCAGAAGAGAGGAGUACAAGCUCAAGAGGCGACUUACAGCUUCUGUCAGAAGAACGCCCAGCCGGGACUCGACGUCAUGGAUGUGACUCACAACGUGGGCUCCGUGGUCACGAUCAUGGCCGUGGCCGUCUUGAAGCUCAAGGACAAUCUGGACACUCCCAUCGAGCAUCUGUUCACGCGCAAGAGCAACUGCCCCACCCCGCAAGUUCCCAGAGUGGUCAUGCGUGAGACCAACUUGAACGGGCUGCUGCGGUACCCCGGCCGACCUUCGUCCACCAUUGUCAUGCUCUCAAUCUCGUCCGCCGCCGAGCAGGCCAACAGCCUCUUCUUCACCUUCGGGACGGGCACCGAAUGGCGCGCCUGCCCUUUCAAGGACUUCUUCUUCAACUUCAUGACCGCAUUGCAGGCCGAGCUCAAAACCCGUCGACAAUCGUGAUGGAGCAUCGUUAUCGACGAUUCGUCGAUAUCGUUUCAUGUCUCCGAUCUCCCGGACCUUCCAGCAGGUGGUCGGUAGACCUCCAUCGACGAUUGGUCCAUUGGCACGUCCUCUUCCGUAUCCUGAAGAAUGACACAAACCGGUGGAAAAUCGGUGACCUCAGCGUUUUGCAUCAGAAGCUGGUUGGCACGCCGUGAGCUGUAAUUCCAUGGAUUGAUCCGGACUGUGGUGUGACCUACAUUGAUGGCCCUGUUAGAAAUAUCGACAUCAACGAUCUUCACCCACCAGUAGUAUUUCUGCUGUACAUCUUACUACGGCCCCCAUUUCAUAGGACAGGACCCCUCGGCUUUGAUAACUUUUCACAGAGCAUUUCACAUUUGUAUAGUUGGCUUCAAUAUUGUAGGAUGCAAUUUGUAAGUAUGAAAGAAAAUAUUCCUUCAUUCGGUGGGGGAUUCAUGUACGUGCAGUCUUAUGGACAUCAGCACGAUGAGGAGCACGAGCUUACGCAGCCCUGAGCUGAUAGAUGACGAGGCCAAUCCAUGAGCUUCCUUCCUUCCAGUCAAGUUGGUCGAGAGUAUGACUCUCUUCUUGUAUGUGAUGUGUGAUUACGUCCUCACCCCGACACGAUACGACGACGGGGAUGCUAAUAUUUCAUGAAGAUCUGAGCGGCAGUCAGUACCUUUGCAGCAGCAAUGAUGAAUAUUCUGAAGCGUUGGAGAACGGGCGAGGAGAAGGGAAGUGAAGAUCGUGGAGGUUGAUUAGAGGAGCGGGAAACGACUCGGAGCCUCGGCCAGACGUAAUCUUUUCUUGGUUACAUCUGGUCCCUUUCUGCUUGGUUGACAGGCAGAGAGAGAAAGUUUGUCGAGUGAGAAAAUAUAUAGAAUCCGAAUGCAUACGAGAGUCUAGUUAUUCUAAACAAAAAAAUCUGAUGAGGAUAUGAACCCCUCACUCAAUUUGUUCUGUAUGCGUGAAACUAGUCAACUCUGUAAUUAUUGUGAUUUUCGGAAUAUAAAUCUCACAGAAGACUACCCCGACCAAUCAAAAUUUUACUUGAAAACAGUCAUAAUUGGAACCUGUGGGUAACCCUUAGUAGUGUGCGUAGACAUCGGAAGUGGGACCAAGACGGUAUUAAUAUAGAUACUCCACCAGGACCCACGAGCAAUGAAGAGUGUAAGCUUUUUAAUAAUACUACAGUGGUAAAUUGAUACUAGACACAACGUCGGCCACGAUACAUUAUCUACUUGUUUACUAAGUUAUUCACCUCUGUGUCCAAGUCAAUGAUUAUAUUCCUUCGCUUUUUCUUUGUUCUCUCGUGACAUGCAACGUCACUUUGCAGCCUUUGUCGCCGCCUAUUGGAUACAACUUGUAACGUACAGGCUUUUAACCCAGCGAUUAACUUAUCUCGUCCAAUUUUUUCGAUAGAAUUGCAUCAAGAUUUCUUGCCGAUACUCUAUUAAUAUAUUCGUUGCAACUAGUCUUGGCUGUGAAAUAGUUAGAGUUAUUGUGCAACGCCAUCCAAAUUCUUGCUAAACCCUAAACCCUUAGUCAUCUAUCUCGACCUGAUGUACAUGUGAACCAAAAAUAAUGAGAUAUAAAUUACGACUGUUUCUU